AUGAAGUUCAAAGCCGCGCGUGGGCAAAGCACAUUUGAGGAUGUGCGGGAUGCCGAGGACGCCCUCCACAGCCUGGACAGGAAGUGGGUCUGUGGCCGGCAGAUCGAGAUCCAGUUCGCUCAGGGCGACCGGAAGAGUAAGCACCUCGCAGCUUUUGAGUCUUCCACAAAGUCCAGUGUCUCCUCUGACGUUUGGCGUCCCUCACCAGCGCCCAAUCAGAUGAAGGCGAAGGAGCGCAGCUCUCCGGGCCGCUCCUCCCGGCACGACGACUAUGAGCGGGACGGGCGGCGCCGGCGCUCCCGCAGCCGCAGCUACGACAGAUACAGGUCCCGCAGCCCGUCGUACGAGCGCCGCCGCCGGCGCUCCGAGAGCCCCCGAGAAUCCCGCGGACGCGUGUACGGAAGAGGAAGAAGCCGAAGCCGUGAAGAAGAAAGGUUCCGGCCGAGGCCGCGCAGGGAGGAGCGGGAGAGGUCCAGGUCUGCGUCUCCACGGGAACCCGGCGACGCGCCGGCCGCCUCCCACUUCACCGAGGAGGAGGUCCGGCGGCUGCACACGCCGUCCCGCUCCCGCUCGGCGUCCCGGUCCCGCUCGCGCUCCCGGUCCCGGUCCUGGGCCGGCCGCAAGUCUGGAGGCCGCUAAGCAGGACUGCCCCCCCCCCAGACGGACCCGAGAAGAGAUGCCCGACGUGAAUGUGAGCCCACAGAACCGCCCCGGUUUGGGUUUUUCCAGUUGGGUCUCCUCCUUUUUCU